AUGCGAUCGCACUUCCACACAUCAGACUAUCAUUCAAAGUACCUGGUAGUUCAAUCCAGCCGUGGCUUUACACACCAUGCUCAGCACCAAGCACGCGAGAGGCGAUCACACAAGUGUUUGGUCACACUCUUACAACUCAGCUCGUGGCGGUGUCAUCAGACUCUCACGCUGGAACAACCUCAACCGAAGUACAGUCCAAAAAUCUGA